AUGGGGAAAACCCAGAAACAAGAGGUCGAGACAAGCAUCCCAGCACAGAGCCAAGGGUCUGUGGAAGGCUCCAGGUUAAAUUACCAGGAUCUAAUUACCCACACGAUUGCAGUUAUGUUUCUGCUGGCAAACAAUAUGAAGGAAAUUAGGUAUAAAAACACUGACAAAUUUGUCCAGGAAAAUGUAACUGUAACCGUUACAUGUAAGCCAAAGAAAGUGUACCCAAGCUCAGCAAUGAAUUGGGUUAAUGACCUCUAUAGCAUAUGCCAUCUCUUUCCGGAAGAACAUGAAAUAGGAAAUGACACCGAGUCCAUUACCUUAACUCAUGUACCAGAUCCUGUUGGAAAGUCUGCAUGUACCAGCGAUUCUUUAAUUGAUCUAUCUGGCAACAAAUUUGAUACUCAGUUGCAGGAUGAACAUCAAGAUUUCCAACCACUCAGCAUGGGUAUUUUAUUUAACAUGGCUUUUGGUGGUUAG